AUUGGACUCGGAGAAAAGUCAUAACUUGACGGUGGUCCGUGCAGAGUAGGCGUUCGAGUCGCACGAACUUGCGGUGAACGUUCGAUUUUAGCCUUUUUUCUAACUGAGGAACGGGCUAAGGAUGUUGUGAAGCCUCAAAAAGAGUCAAGAACCAAUUUCCUUAUUCAUUCUUCAAAGACAACGCGGUUUGAAGUCAUUCAAAGGUCGCGUUUAGGGUCAACUACUUCAGGUGUUUUCAUUACAGUGCUCGCUCGAGUUCACAAGCCUUUGCUAGCUGGCAAAGGUGAAGUGUUGAAAAGUGGACGUAAGUGUGGUGUGUGUCAAUUGAAUUCGAUCGAGUGAUCCCCAUCCUCCUGAAAUCACGAUUAUUGGAGUUUCGCUGAUUCUGUUUCGCAGUGGAUAGCAGCAGAAACCCGAGGCCAAAAUGGUUCAGAAGUACCAGUCACCUGUCCGCGUCUACAAACACCCAUUCGAGCUAGUCAUGGCGGCAUACGAGCGGCGCUUUCCAAAAUGUCCGCAAAUGCCAAUAGUCUUGGAUUGUGAAAUCAUUAAAGAUGAAAUACUCGACCACGGAGCACGUCGUAAUACAAGUCGUCGUUGCAAGCUAGCUGUCGAUGCCCCAUACUUAUUCAAAAAAAUUAUCGGAGUCGAUGUCGUCUACUUCAUGCAAACGAACUAUUUAGAUUUAGCCAACCGUACACUAAGCAUCGAAGCAACAAAUGAAACAUUCUCGUCGAGAAUUGAGAUUUUCGAACGUUGUCGUUAUUAUGUUCAUCCAGAUAAUCCGGACUGGACAUGCUUCGAUCAAACUGCAACUCUUGAUAUUAAAAAUUUCUUUGGUUUUGAAAACUCAAUGGAGAAAAUGGGCAUGAAACAAUACACGCAGACAACAUUGAAAGGACGAGAAAUUAUUGAAUAUUUCAUAGACCAAUUGAAAAGCGAAGGCGUCACACAUAUUGAACGUUGGAAAGCUUCGGACGAAACAAUACCAUCUGAACUUUCACCGAUAAAACUUACUGACGAAGCAGAUACGAGUGACAUGCUUGAUGGAGAUUUUAUUGCAAAACACUUGGGCAAUUUAUCGCCAAUGCAAGAGUCGAAACUGCUGGAGUUCCAUAAAUUAUGCAAAACCACGAGUGGAAUUGAUAAAUGUCCAACGUAUCAGACUUUGUUAAGAUUUCUUCGUGCAAGAGACUUCAAUGUGGAAAAAGCCAUGCUUAUGUUAAAAGAAUCGCUAGUAUGGCGCGCUGAUAAUAAUAUUGAUGAGCUGCUGAAGGAAUAUAAAAUGCCGCAUGUAAUUUUAAAACAUUUCCCGGGUAGUUGGCAUCAUCAGGACAAGGACGGCAGACCUAUGUAUAUUUUGCGUUUGGGGCACAUGGAUGUCAAGGGCUUACUGAAAGCUGUUGGGGAAGAAGGACUAUUAAAAUUGUCAUUGCAUAUUUGCGAAGAAGGAAUGCAGUUAAUUCAGGAAUCAGCUAUUCAUUUGGGGAAACCUGUUCUCAGUUGGUGUCUGCUCGUUGAUUUAGAGGGUCUCUCAAUGCGUCAUUUAUGGCGCCCAGGAAUCAAAGUUUUGCUGAAAAUUAUCGAAACUGUUGAGAAAAACUAUCCAGAAACAAUGGGCCGCGUUCUCGUCGUUCGUGCGCCGAGGGUAUUUCCGAUUGCUUGGACCAUUGUUAGUACAUUUAUAGAUGAAAAUACUCGCUCCAAAUUUUUGUUCUAUGGAGGACCGGACUGUUUGCAUAUGAAAGACGGAUUGGAGCAAUAUAUUGACUCACAAAUCAUUCCCGAUUUCCUGGGAGGACCGUGUAAGCCAAGCAUAACAACUAAUAUGGAUCCAGUACCGCCGGCAUACUACACGCGUUGUUAUUUAGUCUCAUGCCAAUGUACCUUAAUUCACGAAGGAGGACUUGUACCCAAAACAUUAUACAAAAUGAACAGCGAAGAAGAGGCACAAAAUGGAGCACCGCCCCACGAGCAUCAUAAUUUAUACAAAACCGUAGAUGUAAGACCUGGUUGUAUACAUGAGGUUGUGAUUAAAAAUAAUGAUCCCAAGAGUGUUCUUACGUGGGACUUUGAUGUUAUUAAUAGUGAUCUAUACUUUACAUUGUACCGGACGACAGCAGAUUUACCAGCCAAAAAUGAUUCAUCUACAUCGUUCUUUGACUUGUCGGGCUUUGAAGAAGGAAAGAAUUAUUUCCGCGAGGAACCAUCUACAAUAUGUCGUCAUAAAGAAAGUGUUCAGGGUUCACAUGUCAUGAAUUCAGCCGACACUUAUGUUAUGCAUUGGUUCAGCCCAGCAUCAUCUUCAUCGUCAUCAGGACCUGCGCAACUUAUGUAUUUCUAUGAAGUACUAAGCUCAGCUAACUACAAGGGAUCCAUGACUAGCUUGCAAUCAGGAUGUUCAGCACUCAGCGUUGCCAGCUCAUGCCAAUCACGAUGAUAAUAAAUGUGAUUUUUAAGUUAAGCUAUUUGCAAUCCAUUAAUUUAUCAAUUACAUCUUGCUUGUUUUCGGGCGGUUCGAUUUCAUAUCACAUGAAACAGAAAAGAAUGUUUACAUUAACUGGUAGAAUAUUGAUGAAGGAGAUAUGUUUACACAGUCUCAUUUGAAUAUUCUUUUGAAAGUAGACAAUUUUUUAAAAAUGAUAUAGUAGUCAAUGGGUAGUUUAAUAAGUUGUUAAACACAAUAUAUUCUAGUUAUAUUAUCAAAUAAUAUACUAUUUUAAAUAUAGUAUUGUGAAAGAAACGAAAAGGUAAUACUGAUUCCGUUCGUAGCGAUCUAGUGAGAGUAGCAAUGGUGUGGGUAAAAUAUAAAUUAUAGUACAUUCAAAUAUAUGGUCGUUUUAACGAUAUUAGUUCCUGGCAAAACCACAAUCUCAUUCUAAAAUGCUUCAUAGGAUGCAUACAUAAAUAUUAAUGUAAUGUUAUGCAAAUCUUAGAUGUAGUGCACCAGGAAUGUUUGUAAUAUCGACAAAUUAGUAAAUUAAGGAAAAGUUCUUAUCGUUAAUUUAGACUCUGAGCAAAUUUUUUGCUACCACACAGUCACAAAAAACUGACAAUACAAUGUAACGUUCAAAAGCUAAAUGAGUCUUGUAAUCAGUAGCGUAGCGACUGAAUCUGAAAGAGAAAGGCGUCAUCACUUUCUCCUCACUAAGCGUAAACCAUUCAUUAAAGGCACUUCAAAGUAGAAUGUUAGCUUUUCUAAGAAAAAUUCAUACUAAUCAGAAAUCAAAUCAGACUUUAUAGUUUUUUAGUUAGAACAAAACCCACGAUCAUAAACAGUAAAAUAACUUCAGAAAAGUUUGGUUUGGUUUCCUGAUUGUUACUGAAAGUAAAUUGAACUAUGGAAGAACAUUCUCUUUUCAAAGCGAUAUAUGUAGAUUAAAUAGGAGCAUCAGAAACUCAAACAGUAGCUAAUAACAUUUUUUUGAAUAUGCUCACUGGAACGAAGCAAACAGAACCUCGAAAAUUCAAUAUUUGUAGCAAUUCCUACUUUUUCUGGUCGAAUAUUAUUAUCUAGAGACGUAGCUUCAAAUCUGUAAUGAAAUUCCUAUUUGAAAUAGAGAAUUCAAUUAGUUUCAAUAGAAAUGCUUUCAUUUAAAAUUUAACUAAAGUAUCUAUUUCGUUCAAACCAGCACGCAAUCGAUCAUAUAUUUAAAUAAUAUUGUCACAUCUCCAUUUAUCGCUGCCCGUGAAAAGCUGUGGUGUAUGUAAGGAGAUGUGGCUAAUGACAAUUUUGAGUGGAAAUGUAAAAUGAAGUCAAGUCCAAUCUACGUGUUCGUUUUAACGAACUCGGUUGAUGAAAUAAAAUUCAUGAAUCAAGUAAAAACUCUGGCCACCAAAAUGUUUUAUAAAUUCAUCCUAGACAUGCACUCAAGAAAUGCAAGAGCUCUAUUUUCGUUUUUUUUUUUCAAAUCCUUUUAAAUAAUUUCAAGUGCAUUUCACACUAUGGAAAAGCCUUUUUCAAAUUGGUUUAUUGUUUGUUUUUUUUGCAUGUCAUACGCAAUUUACUCGGAAACGUAAAUUGUGUGGCGUAGAUAUCUACUUUUGCGGGUAUCACUGGGGCAUAGUAUGGCAUAAACAAAUUUUACAUUGAUUUUAACCGCUUUGUAUCGCUAUCGUUCAAUGUGAGAAUUGUUUUUCUGCAUACUUGAGUGUAAGUCAUAUUUUUAGUGAUCGUGUCCAAGUAGAACUUGUUUGGCGCAAUUAAACAACAUUUAGAAAGGAUCAGACAAGAUCAACCGGUUUGGAACAAAUUCAAUAAAACUUUCUCUUUCUACUUUCAACACACAAUAGAAAAGAUAAUAAAACUUACGAAUAAGUUCAAAACUUGAAAACGAGCUUCUUAUGUGACGAUAAAAAUCAGACAAACUUAUAGUGUUUUCGAAAAGUCCCAGGAUUCGUCGCGUCUUAAUAAUAAAACAUUAAGAUUAUCCAGGCAUAUAUGGUGUGCGCUGCCGGUGAUCAAUAUCGGAUUGAUUUUUGAUUCUGACGGGCGAACUAUCAUUGAUUGGCCAUUCCUGAACUUUUUCAUACAGCACUCGUCGUUUCGUCCCUGGACCAUAUUUCAGGUACCACGAUUCGUCUCCAAUCACCUUGACAUUGAAAUUUUCGCAGGUGAAAAUUGGUUGUUCUUUUUGAUCCAAAGUGAAAGUUUGUGGGACAAAACGUGCGCAUAUCUAUUUAUUUCUUAUAUAAAAACAUUUAGGAGGACAUUUGUCCCAUUAGUGUCCUGAUAGCUGAAUGGUUGGAUGGUGGUGGUGGAUUCAAAUCUCACUGGUGGCAGUAGAAUUUGUAUCGUGAUUUGACGUCGCAUACCAGUCGACUCAGCUGAGAAUGAGUACCUGAGUCAAAUCAGGGUAAUAAUCUUGGACGAGCACAAUGCUGA